AUGACAACCACUUCCACCACGGGCAAACAACAUGCCCGCCACAGCUCUAAUUUAUCAAAGGGCCGUCCCGCUCCAAUGCCUGCCUCUCCCUCUCGAAAGAGUGACAGAAGUAUAGACGAAAGCAAUCCUCUGGCCAUUACCGACCGUCCUCACAAACACCGGUCUCGGGCCAGUUCAACCUCCAGCCAGCCUGCAGCCAGGACUCCCACCAGGUCCUUCUACCAUCGAUCAUUCCAUGGCCAGCUAGAUCCGGCUCAGUACUCUUCCUCCGCCGGAUUACGAGCCCAGACUGCCGAACUGGCUGCAUUUGCCCUCUCUGACAACGCUUCCUACAUUGGAAGCUCCCCACGAAGCUCUUCUCCACUCUCUGAUGGCGGUUAUCCCAACGCCAUUCAAGAAGUCUCGGAACCGGUAUCACCGGAAGGCUCCGAACAUGAGCCUGCUGGUGACCCGAGGGUGUCUGAAUUGACCAUGAUGAUUCAGAAUCAAAACGAAGAGGAGGAACAACAGACAACUGACGUUGAUAAAAUCAUCACUGAUCGUGCUAGUUCCUCGGGCGUGGCCAGGCCCACGCAGCCAAACGAGCGAACGGGCUUACUGGACGAUGGCAAGGCUUCAAUGCAAUAUGGUCAGCUUGGCGACAUUGAGCGUCAGGAUUCAGACGACGAUGGCAUCGGCCAGAAAUGGAAAGCUGCUUCGGCGCGGGUACGGCCAUGCUGCUACGCUCUUGCACAUCCAAAGACCUGGAAUGCACGUAAGAUCUACCACGAAGUGAUUGUGCACCCAGUGAGUCUCUUUCCCGCGGUCUUCCUGGGGCUCCUCCUGAACAUCCUCGACGCCCUCUCUUAUGGUAUGAUUCUGUUUCCGUUGGGCAGUGAAAUUUUUGACAGUCUGGGCUCGGAUGGCAUUGCGAUCUUCUAUGUCAGUACGAUCGUGUCCCAGGUCGUUUAUUCUUCCGGAGGCUCGAUCUUUCGCGGUGGUAUUGGAUCCGAGAUGAUCGAAGUGGUCCCAUUCUUCCACAAGAUGGCCUUCACAAUUCUUCAAAAGGUCGGCGAGGAGAAUCCCAAAUCCGUUCUGGCCACCACCAUAUUGUCUUUUGCGACCAGUGCCGUUGUGACCGGGGUGGUCUUUUUCCUCAUGGGAGCGUGCAAGUUGGGAUCUCUGAUUGGUUUCUUCCCUCGACACAUUUUGAUUGGCUGUAUCGGGGGUGUCGGCUGGUUCCUCGUUGCAACCGGCAUCGAAGUCUCGGCCCGACUUUCUGGCAGUCUGGAGUAUGACCUGGACACUCUCAAGCAGCUCGUACGGGAGGACACCAUUUUCCUCUGGAUCAUCCCGCUUUCCCUUGCUGUCAUUCUGCUCAUCGUACAACGGUUUGUAAAAUCAAAUCUCUUGGUGGGCGGCUAUUUUCUGUCGGUUGCUGCAAUCUUCUACCUCUUCAAAUUGGCCUUGGACAUACCCAUGGACACUUUGCGUUCGAGGGGCUGGGUUUUCGAUCCACCUCCAGCCGGGAAUCCUUGGUACCACUUCUAUACGCUCUACGAUUUCAAGGCCGUUCAUUGGGGGGCCCUUGCCGACACGAUUCCGGCGAUGUUCGCUCUGACAUUUUUCGGAGUAUUGCAUGUUCCUAUCAAUGUUCCGGCUCUCGGUAUUUCGACUGGCGAGGACAAUCUGAACGUCGACCGUGAACUCAUAGCCCACGGGGUUUCGAAUUGCGUGAGCGGACUCUUGGGCAGCGUCCAGAACUACCUUGUAUAUACCAAUAGCCUUCUCUUCAUGGACAGUGGCGGCAAUGAUCGUCUUGCAGGACUUCUCCUGGCGGCCGGCACUUUUGGUAUUUUACUGGCCGGGCCGGUAAUUAUUGGUUACAUCCCUAUCAUGGUGGUUGGAGCUUUGAUAUUCUUACUCGGUAUUGAGCUCCUCGAAGAGGCCCUUGUUGGAACAUGGGGCAAGGUUCACAAGCUUGAAUAUGCCACCAUCGUCAUUAUUGUUGUUACGAUGGGCGUGUGGGAUUUUGUAAUCGGCAUCUUGGUGGGCAUUCUACUGGCUGCGUUGAGUUUUGUCGUCCAAACGUCACGCCGAACCGCCAUCAGGGCGACGUACUCAGGGCAAGUCGCCAAGUCGUUGGUCAGGCGGCCACCUGUUCAGCUCAAGUUCUUGAAGGAGACCGGGCAGCAAAUAUUCUUGAUCAAGCUGGCAGGGUUCUUGUUCUUUGGAACCGUCGUCGGGGUUGAGAAUCGCAUCCGAGCCCUCCUUGCCGAGGACUCUUUCAGGAAUAGACCGCUGAGGUUCCUUAUAUUGGACAUGGGGCAUAUCAACGGUAUCGAUUUCUCCGCUGCCGAGGCAUUCGCACGCAUCAACCGUCUUUUGCAAAAACGGGGAGUGGAGUUGAUUGUGAGCAGCUUGGACGUCAACGGGGAGAUUGGUCAAGCCCUGCAGAACGUCGGUCUGUUCGCGGCGGGGUCCGAAGUCGAGAUUUUCACCGAUCUCAACGUGGCCCUCGAGCACUGUGAAAACAAGCUGCUGACGGCUCUUUACCGCCAACAAGAACAUCGACGGUCGAAACGGGUGGCAGCGCAUCUUGAUGUGCCCCGGACCAAGGGUCAAGAGCUUUCACAGUCGUACAAGGCCGAGUUUAUGGGUAGCUCACCCCGACGAAAUCUUCUGCAUCAAGUGGCCCAGACCACCCUGGACGAAGAUACAUCCAACAUGGGUAAAUGGCAGUCUUUCAAGCAACCACUGCCUUUGCUCCUCCAGAUAUUUGCCGAUCUAUCGGACAAGAACGAAGACUUCUGGUACCGUGCGAUGGGGUAUUUCGAAAGAGUUACUUUCCCCCAAGGCUCGAUCUUAUUCAACGUUGGUGAUCAACCCAAUGGCUUCUACAUGCUUGAGGAAGGAAUCUUGCGCGCCGACUACGACCUGCCCCAGGGCAAGUAUUCCGAACUCAUCGUAGCGGGACGUCCUUGCGGUGAAUUGCCAUUCUUCUCGCAGACGUCGCGUACCGCAACAAUGGUGGCGGAGAAGGACUGCGUUUGCUGGAAAUUGGAUGGCAAGAGGUGGCACGAAAUGCAAGCCCAGGAUCCCGAUGUGGCCCAGGAAUUACUCAUCAUCAGUUUGAAAUUGACCAAGGAGAGAAUGGAUGCAAUUACUUCAUACAUUUUGACGACAGCGGGUUAA